AUGUUCAUUGGUGGCUUGAAUUGGGAGACAACCGACCAGUCUCUGAAGGAUUACUUCUCCCAGUUUGGAGAGGUACAGGAGUGCACUGUCAUGCGAGACAGUGCCACAGGUCGCUCUCGUGGCUUUGGGUUCUUGACCUUCAAAGACCCCAAGACGGUCAAUACAGUGAUGGUCAAGGAGCACUACCUGGAUGGAAAGAUUAUCGACCCCAAACGGGCGAUUCCCCGUGACGAGCAGGAGAAGACGAGCAAAAUCUUUGUUGGUGGCGUGAGUCAAGAGGCCACUGAGCAGGAAUUCAAGGGAUUCUUCAUGCAGUUCGGCCGUGUCGUCGACGCCACCCUCAUGAUCGACAAGGACACCGGACGUCCCCGUGGAUUCGGCUUCGUGACGUUCGACAGUGAAGCGGCUGUCGAGAACGCGCUCUCGCGUCCCUUGGCGAUUUGCGGGAAACCAAUCGAGGUCAAGAAGGCCCAGCCCCGAGGCAACCUGCGCGACGAGGAAGACCGCAGAAACCGCCGCGGUAGAGACUUUCGGGACGGCGGCCAUGCUGGCGGUGAUGGAUUGCAGCAGCAACAGGGGAUGCAGGGACAGGCCGGCAUGCCUGCCGGUCUGACUCCCCAGAUGAUGGCGCAGUACUGGCAGCGCAUGCAGCAGUAUUUCUCCUUGAUGCAGCAGCAGAUGGCGAUGGCCGCCGCUCAGGGCCAAGGCAUGGGCAGCAUGGGAAUGGCAGGCAUGAACCCGGCCAUGAUGCAGCAAAUGCAGCAAAUGCAGAUGAAGCAGAUGCAGAUGGGCAACAACCAGCAGCCGCAGGGAAGUCUGAGCCCGCCUUCGCAGAGCUCGACCCCGCAGAUGCAGAACAUGAUGAACCCCGCCAUGAUGCAGCAAAUGCAGCAGAUGCAGCAGCUGCAGAACCAAGCCCAGCCCCAGGGUCAGGGGAAUAAUAACAUGGGCGCGAUGCAAGCACAGAUGGGGAAUGCGAUGGGAGGCAACAACGCAGGGAACGCGAACAUGGGCGGAAACUACUCGGCCGCUCGGGGCGGACCGGGCUACAACGCCCAGGAGCAGAUCGCGUUCGAGCAGCAGAAGUACGAGCAGCAGCAGCAGCAGCAGCAGCAGGCCCGCCGCGUCAUGGAGUCGCGGGGCUUCUCGCCAUACCAACAGGGCGGCCCAACUUCGUGGGAAGGCAUGUACGACGAAGUGCCUCAGCCCAACAUCCCCACCGGGCCUCAGGGCAUGAAUCGCGCAGGCAGUAUGGGACGUGGAACGACGCCUCAGCCAACCCAGAGCGCUGCCCCCGCCAACGCUCCAACUGGCCCCAAGAACGCCGGUAAACCGGGCGCCAAUUACCGCGGCGGAGGUCGCGGAGGCCAUCGGGGCUUCCACCCUUACUCUCGUGGUUGA